AUGUCAUCUCUUGAUACUAAACUUACCAGCUUAGCCAACCAGAUUGAGGAGCUGGUAGAUUUGAUAGUCAAAUUUAAAAAUUCAUCUAAGAGCAUAGAUGGGUCAGCCAAAGAGCUUGUGAGCGCGAUCCAGUUUAAAUUUCAAACUACAGAAGCCGAGUUUGGAUACCUCAAGUAUGAGAUCGAUGAUGUGUUACAACAAGAACAAAAACAAUAUUAUCAAAACAAAUAUGCAGGUUUACAAGAAGAGUUUCGCACUGCUCGGUUUUCUUUUAGAAAGUCACAGAUCGAAGGACAAAAAUCGACUACUGAAAUGCGUCGCGAGCUUCUCGGAAAUAUAAAUGAUCAAAUCAACCGAAAAAACAAAACCAAUUCACAAAAAUCACAACUAGUAAGCAAAGCCGAGGAUGUCACGGCUGUGAUGCGCCAACUACACAAAAUGGCCCAGACAGAAGCCAUUGUGUCUUCCAUAAAUUUAGAAGAACUCGAACAAUCAACAAUUUCGUUACAACAAUUGCAAAUGCGUUAUUCAGGAUUCAAUCUUCUGCUUACAGGAUCUCGACAGUUAAUUCGUCAUCUUGAGCAGGCAGACAAGUGGGAUCGUAUUUACAUGCUUGCAUCGCUUGGAUUUCUUUUCCUUGUUCUUGCAUGGAUUAUUUGGCGCCGCAUUCUUAAGGCCCCAGUUUAUCUUCUUUUUUCCACUGCAAAAUUUGUGGUUCGUGUCGGUGGUAAAGCAGGAGGAGCAGUUUCUGGGAAAAAGAAUGUUCAAGUGGUGAAGGCAGUAACAUCUGUUCAGACUUCUGAUUUAAUAGCAUCUGCAACAGAAUCAGUGGUUUCAGUGAUUGAAUCGGUAAUAAGUUUGGCAACUGUAUCUGUUAGUUCUGUGGUAGAGCCUGUUAUUCCAGCUGUGGAGAUUGUGGGCUCUUCAGUUAAAUCUGUUAUACCACCUGUGGAAACUGUCAGUUCUUUUGUUGAAUCAGUUAUACCAUCGCUGAAGUCAGUGAACUCUUCAACUAAAUCAGUUAUACCCGCAACAGAAUCUUUUAGUUCUUCAACAGAAUCUGUUAGUUCUUCAACAGAAUCUGUUAGUUCUUCAACAGAAUCUGUUAGUUCUUCAACAGAAUCUGUUAGUUCUUCAACAGAAUCUGUUAGUUCUUCAACAGAAUCUGUUAGUUCUUCAACAGAAUCUGUUAGUUCUUCAACAGAAUCUGUUAUACCUGCAACGGAACCUGUCAGUUCUUCAACAGAAACACUUAGUUCUUCAACAGAAACACUUAAUUCUUCAACGGAAACACUUGGUUCUUCUUUAGAACCUGUCAUACCUGUGGUAGAGGUGCAAUCAAGUUCAUCAGUUGAAUCUCCAAGCAUAGCUGUGGAAUCUGCAAGCUCUAUAGUGGAAUCCACCAAUUCAGAAUCGUCCAUUUCUUUGGCAAAAGAACCAACAUCUUUGCAUCUACAGGAGACUACCACCAAGAUAGCAUUGCCAAAGGAAGAUUUGUAA